GCGCAGGCCGGAACGCUGGAAGGUGGGGAAGAUGGCGGACAGCAGCGGUCGUGUGGGCAAGAGCGGCGGGAGUGGCGCGGGGAAGGGGGCGGUGUCGGCGGAACAGGUAAUUGCCGGCUUCAACCGCCUUCGGCAGGAGCAGAGGGGCUUGGCAUCCAAAGCAGCUGAGCUGGAGAUGGAAUUGAAUGAGCACAGCCUGGUGAUCGACACACUCAAGGAGGUGGACGAGACCCGCAAAUGCUACCGCAUGGUUGGAGGUGUGCUGGUGGAGCGGACCGUCAAAGAAGUGCUGCCUGCCUUGGAGGGGAACAAGGAACAGAUCCAGAAGAUUAUUGAGACGCUGUCACAGCAGCUUCAGGCAAAGGGCAAAGAACUCAAUGACUUCCGGGAAAAGCACAACAUCCGUCUCAUGGGGGAGGACGAGAAGCCAGUAGCCAAGGAGAGCUCAGAAGGGGCAGGGGCCAAGGCCAGCUCCGCAGGGGUGCUGGUCUCCUAGGACUAAGGCCUCGGCAGCUUUUGUUGUUUUUUUUAACCUUGACUCCCACUUGUAAUUUCUUUUUAUUGUUGUUAUUAUUAUUUUCUCUGCUAUUAUUAUAUUUUGUUGUUGUUGAUGAUGAUUAAAUGUUUUGGUCAAAUACUUA